CAUUGAGUCGGUCGGAGUGUCUAAAUUGGGGUCUGUCUAGAAGUGUGAUUGGCUGCGUGUGUGUGUGUGCGAUCUCUUGGAUCAACGGACGAUUGCGAGUCUAUGCAUUAAUUCUACAUCUAUUCGAGAUGCAGUUGAUGGCGAUUAUAUAUAUCGUUUUAGCUGUGCUAUGCGUAGCUAUAGCGGCACCUUCAACUGAAUCGGCUUCCACUUCCUCAGUGGAGGAGCUAAACAAAUGCGAUCACAAACUAACAAAAUCCCACAAAUACUUGGAUUAUCCAUUCUGGAAGAAGUUCUUUAAGCAUUGGGUACCGUUUACAAGCAAAUCACGUGUUAAAAUGCAAUUCUAUCUUUUCAAACGGGAUUUCCCCGAUUGUGGCAGAGAACUCUAUCCAGGUGAUGAUGAAACCUUGGAACGUUCUGGCUUUGAUGCGCGUCAUCCCACCCGAAUUAUUAUUCACGGCUGGAUGAGUCAGGGAAAGGGUUCGUUGAAUCGGGAUGUGAAGACCGCAUAUCUGAGUCUAACUAAACCUCGUCCCAAAGCACGAGUUGAUAACGACGCCUUAGCCGAGCCCGAAAUGGAAAGUCCCCAAUAUGAGGAUUUCAAUAUCAUUGUUUGUGAUUGGAGUAAAAUAUCGUCAAAUGUAAAUUACUUUGGGGUCGCCGAUAUGGUGGAAGAUCUUGGAUUUUUACUGGCCGAGUUUGUGCGUCAUCUGCACAUGAAAGCUGGUUUAAACUAUGAUGAUGUCUACCUAAUUGGCCAUUCUCUGGGUGCACAGAUUUCCGGUAGUGCUGGAAAACAGAUACGACCUUAUCGCUUCAAUACGAUCUAUGCUUUGGAUCCUGCGGGUCCCGGAUUUCGUGAGCAGAGCGAUGAAUAUCGCAUCGAUGCAAGUGAUGCUCAAUAUGUGGAAUCGAUACAGACGAGCACUGGCUUGGGCUUUGAACAGCCCGUGGGUCAUGCAACAUUCUAUCCCAACUAUGGAAAGGAUCAGAAAAAGUGCUAUAUGUAUGGAUGUUCCCAUAAGCGUGCCCAUGAUUACUUUGCCGAAUCCAUCAAUAGCACCAAAGGUUUCUGGGGUGUACGCUGUGAACGCAUGUCGAGAAAGACCUGGAUACUCCUCGAUAACGAUGGAGAAUUUCGCAUGGGCGGUGAACCCUCCGAGCCCAAGAAUGGCACAUUCUAUGUAAAGACCUAUGAUAAGCCACCCUAUGCAAUGGGCUCCCGACAACGGCUGGCAGGGGCUCCCUCAGAGGAGGAAAGCUCCACAGUGGUCUAUCAUUAAAAAAAAAAAAUGUAUAAUGCAGCGCGAUCGAGAUAUAAAUAUAUGCAUUCCUAGCCUAGAGAAAGAUUAUCUUAAAGUUUUAAAUCAAAUCUAAGUUUCUGUCGUUAUUUCGUUUUAAAAUUUUUUUUAUUCUAUCCAAAAACACCAAACCUAGUAAAAUAGUCAACCUAUCUUCUCUAAAGAACUCAAAACUCUAAAUAAAUUUAAACUAAAGAAAUAA